AUGGCUGGAAGGAACCACCCGGCUCCCACGGAGGUCACGUACAAGAACAUGAGGUUUCUCAUCACGCACAGCCCGACCAGCGCGACCUUAAACACAUUCACAAAGGAACUUCAGAGGUACGGAGUCACCACGGUGGUAAGACUGUGCCAAGCGACCUACGACGCCGCUCUGGUGGCCAAAGAAGGCAUCCGCUUUCUCGACUGGCCCUUCGAUGAUGGUGCACCGCCGUCUCCGCAGAUCGUGGACGACUGGCUGAGUUUUGUGAAGAUCAAGUUUCGAGAGGAGCCCGGCGGCUGUGUGGCCGUCCACUGCGCCGCGGGCCUGGGCAGAGCGCCGGUGCUGGUGGCCCUGGCCUUAAUGGAGGGAGGAAUGAAGUAUGAAGACGCGGUGCAGCUCAUCAGGCAGAAGCGGCGCGGAGCCUUCAACAGCAAGCAGCUCUCCUACCUGGAGAAGUAUCGUCCUAAGAGGAGGCUGCUGCGUGUCAGACGCGCCAGGGGCCACGGGGACAGCUGCUGCCUUCAGUGA